AUGUCCAGUGGCUUCUUCGAUAUGUUCAUUGGGAUCGUGGUCUUGGUCAACAUCGGCCUUAUUGUGCACCAGACAAACCAAUCGGGCCUGGGCAUGGAGCCAGACUUUGCCAUAGAAGCUGCCAAUGUGAUCUUCCUUAUUCUCUAUACUCUGGAGGGUUUGCUUAGACUCUACGCUUUCCGACUUGACUUCUGGAGAUCCUAUUGGAAUUUGCUAGACACAUUCAUCCUGUCAGCCGACUGGACGCUGCAGAUCAUCAACUGGACAGCAGCUGACAUUCAGACCUCGGAUGUUUUCAAGGCUUUGCGGGUCAUUCGAGCCCUUCGGGUUCUGCGAAGUAUCCGUACGCUUCACUUAUUCCGCGAGCUCUACAUUAUGCUUUACGGCUUUCUCAAUGCCUUGAAGGCCAUUGGCUGGGCUGCUGUUCUGCUGCUUUUAAUGCUGCUGAUUCUGGGCAUUAUGGCGGUAGAGAUGGUGCAUCCCUUCGCCCAGAUAUUACAUGAACGUGGAGUGUAUGGCGACUGUGAGCGGUGCCAUCGUGCUUUCCAGACGGUGUGGAUGGCGGCUCUUACGUUUUGGCAGCAAAUUGUUGCUGGAGAUUCAUGGGGAAGAAUAACAAUUCCAAUCAUGGAAGAAUAUCCUUUAACAGCUCCCUACUUCGCCAUGGUCUUCAUAACUAUUGAUUUGGGGCUUCUCAACCUCAUCCUUUCCGUCAUCGUGGAUAAAGCACACCAAGCACAGCAGGAAGACGUCAAAUUCCAACUGACGCAGCGGCAGGCUGCUUUCGAGGGUGCUAAGCGAAGUCUUCUGUACUUAUGUGAGCUGCUGGAUGAGGACAAGAGUGGCUCCCUCUCUUUCGACGAGCUGCUGGAGGGCUACGACAACUUGCCGGAGUUCCAAGAGCAGAUGCGUCUGAUGGAUGUGGAGAGGGAGGAUAUGCAGUCUUUGUUUCGGGUCCUGGACGAGGACGGCUCCGGAGACAUUCAGUACAGCGAGUUUGUCGAGCAGGUGGUCAAGAUGAGGUCCCAGGACACCACUCUAAGCUUGCUGUUCCUCAGAAGCCAGAUGAAGGACAUGAAACAUGUCGUGGGAAACUUGGAGGAGAAGGUGGACAAAGUUCGAUAUGAGCUCAAGAAGGCCGUCGCAGUGGGGGGAACCUCCGUCAGGAUGACUGACAGCCAGUCGAGCGUCAUGUCGUUCGCAAAAUCUGCAGCUACCCAAACCGAACAAGUUGACACCACGGGCAAGGCGGAGGCGGCCGUCUACCUGCCUUUCUCAGGAGACAGCGCUGCAUUGCACGCGCACAUCAGGAGCUUGCGAGAGACGGCGUCCUACUUGGAGAGAAUGGCUCAGGGACAGAAUGCCAAUGCUGGACAUGUGGAAACUGCCCUCUCUGUGGAGGCUGCGAUGCCAAUCGUCCGUGGCCCUUCACAGAAUACGGAUGGUAAUCAGUUCUCCCUCGCACAGCGCUGCUGCUCGCCGCCUCCACGGCACAGGCCUGAAAAACUCGUGGAACCAAGGGCAAAGCACAGCCGGGUUUGA